AAAUAGUACAAGCUGGUAACUUUUAAAUUUUCCACCAAUCCUAUGCAACAUCCUUACAAGUAUCACGUGCUCCAGGCAACCAGAUGUACGCGACCGCUCGAUUUUUGCCAAAUUACGUUUACAAAAAUUUGAUUAUUGGCAAUAUUCCACUACUCGGAGAAGUUUACGAAAUUGUAGUACAAUGAAAACAAUCGCUCGCGCUACUUAGUUGGACGGUGGACAGCUGUGCUGGUGAAUCAACUAAAAAUGAACUGUAAUUAGGACAAUUGAUGUGUGACCUUAAAGUUUUGUUAAGAAAAAGUUAAGAAUUCAAGCCACAUGAGUAACAAUUAGCUUACAUCAUUCUAAACAAUAUAACGGAAACAGGUUAUAAUUGGUGCAAUAAAAAUAUGUGAUAAAAGUCUAGUGAUAAAGUAGCGCAACUGUUAGUUAUGAUGGAAGGUAUAAGCACAUUGGAAUUAACUGCAAACAACCCGGAUGGACCACCUAGUCCAAAUGUGACUUCGGAUGGAGAGUUUGAUGAUGAUUUGGGUGUACCAGAGUCUCUGCUGAUUGAUAUUAUUGCGAAUUCCAAGGAUAUUGAUGAUGGAGCACCAACAUCUGGCAGAAUAUCUUUUAAGAAUAUACACAAACCACCUAUGAAAUUUAAAUCAAUGUCCAGAGAUGUUUUUAUUAAAGGAGAACCAAUCAAAGUUUCCAUUAAUGAAUAUGAAAGAAAUUACACCACACAUCUGAUUAAUCCUUACCUAUACACAAUUUGCUUCGAGCAUGGUAACUUCACAUGGAAGGUGAAGAAGAGGUUCAAGCAUUUUUUUGAUCUUCAUCAGCAGCUUAUGCUCUUCAGAACUUCAUUGAAUAUUCCAUUCCCAACAAAAACUCAUCGCAAGAGAAGGGAAAGCUUUAGAAACACAGCAACUGCAGAUGAGAAAACUGGAAAGAAAAAGAAAAUCAUGUUGCCAAGAUUCCCUAGGAAACCAGAAGUUUUAGUUCUCAAUGAACACUUAGAUCAUCGUAUGAAGCAACUGGAGGAUUACUUGACAAAUCUUUUAACCAUUUGCAUAUAUAGAUAUCACCCAGCCACUAUUGAAUUCCUUGAAAUUUCGCAUCUCUCUUUUAUAACAGAUCUUGGAGUUAAAGGUAAGGAAGGCUUGAUUAUGAAACGCACUGGAAGCACGCAGCCAGGUCAAAGCGGUUGUAAUUUCUUUGGUUGUUUUUACGGAUUUUGUUGCAUAAGAUGCAAACAUCUGUGUAAAGAUGUUUUGUGCGCUACGUGGAGGUCGAGGUGGUUUUUUGUAAAGGAUACAUGUUUCGGAUACAUAGAUCCGUCUGAUGGGAGAGUGAAAUGCGUGAUACUUUUCGAUCAAGGUUUUGAAGUAGCAUCGGGUUUAUAUAGCACAGGAAUGAAUAAGGGAUUUCAGAUUCAAACAUUAAGUAGGCAAAUUGUAAUUAAAUGCAAUACGCGCGGUCAGAAGAAGGCGUUUAUUGAGGCCUUGAAAGAUGUAUCUUCUACUACAGCCAAAGAUUUCACAAAAGGAAAUCCGCAUCAUUCGUUUGCGCCUGUUAGAAGUAAUAUUACUUCGUGUUGGUUUGUUGAUGGUGCAGGCUACAUGGCUUGCGUUGCAGACGCUUUGGAAGGAGCACAAGAAGAAAUAUUCAUAGCCGAUUGGUGGCUCAGUCCAGAAAUUUAUUUGAAGCGUCCAGCUAUUGAAGGGGAGCAUUGGAGAUUGGACAGAGUUUUAAGGAGAAAAGCUGAAGAAGGCGUCAAAAUAUUCGUUUUGCUUUACAAAGAAUUCGAAAUGGCGCUCGGAUUGAACAGCUAUUACAGCAAGCAGAAACUAAGCGGAUUGCACGAAAAUAUAAAGGUCCUCAGACACCCGGAUCAUGCUAAAGUCGGUGUUUUCUUCUGGGCUCACCACGAGAAAAUUGUUGUUGUCGAUCAGACUUACGCCUUUUUGGGAGGUUUAGAUUUGUGCUACGGAAGAUGGGACGAUUAUCAGCAUAGGUUAACUGAUUUGGGUAGCAUAACACAAGCUACUCUGGAUGUGUCUUCGUUCAAGAAGAGGACUUCGACCAUACCCGGAGGAGACAUAUUCCAUCCGCUUCCAAAACCACCUUUACCAGAACUGAUCGUAGAUUCGAGCAUCGACAAAGCUUCAAUUUCUUCAGAAUCGUCGGAAAGCUUGCCACAAUUACAACCCGGUGAUAAUCUGCUUAUGGUUAGUAGACCUGACGAGAGAUUGAAAAUGAACACACCCGAAAUGGAGCGCAAGAAUGCUUUGACUAAUAUUAAGAAAAACGUGAAGCUGAAAGGAAAGGAAUUGCUGAGUAUGGUGUACGGAGAAAAUGAAAAGCAAAUGCAUAUGAAGAUUGAAGUGAAAGAGAAGCGAGAGGUUUCGAUAUAUGAAGAGUUGAAUGGCUCCGCUAAGUAUUGGAUUGGAAAGGAUUAUUGUAAUUUUAUAGUUAAGGAUUUCAACGAUUUAGAGUCCCCGUUUAUAGAUUUCAUUGACAGGGUGUCGACUCCGAGGAUGCCAUGGCACGAUAUUGCCGUUUACGUUCAAGGAGCGACCGCGAGGGACGUCUCCAGGCACUUUAUAGCCCGAUGGAAUGCCACCAAAUUGGAGAAAGCUAAAUUGAAUAAAUCCCAUCCGUAUUUACUGCCGAAGUCUUAUGAAUCCCUAGCCGAUGUCCGAAAUAUGAACCUAAAUCUGCCAGAAACGCACAACGUCACUUGCCAAGUUUUAAGAAGCGCUAGUCAAUGGUCCUGCGGUUUUAUGGAUGCCGACCACGUGGAGCAGAGCAUCCACGAGGCGUACAUCGAGGCGAUCAGCAAAUCCCAGCAUUACAUCUACAUCGAAAACCAGUUUUUCAUCUCGAUGCCGCAGAGCAAUAGAGACACGAAGAAUCUGAUCGGCGAAUCCAUCUACAAACGCAUCGUCCGGGCCCACAACGAGAACGCAACGUUCCGUGUGUUCGUGGUCAUGCCUCUUCUUCCUGGUUUCGAGGGAGAAGUCGGGGAGUCGACUGGAACAUCGUUGCAUGCCAUCACGCACUGGAAUUACGCAUCGAUUUCAAGAGGUAGAGAUGCGCUGUUGACUCGGUUGAGGAAGGCCGGAAUUGAAGACCCGAUUCGGUACAUAUCGUUUUACGGCCUAAGAACCCAUUCCUCGUUGAACGGUGAACCAAUAACUGAGCUGAUCUACGUACACUCGAAAUUGAUGAUAGUGGAUGACAAAUUGGUAAUUUGCGGAUCGGCUAAUAUAAACGAUCGUUCGUUAAUUGGGAAGCGCGAUUCCGAAAUAGCAGUGCGGAUUGAGGAUCAAGACUUUGAUGAUGGCAGGAUGAACGGCAAUUCGUUCCCAUGCGGCAAAUACGCCGGAUCCUUGAGAAAGUACUUGUUUAAAGAGCACCUUGGCCUUUUAGGAAGGGAGCACGAGCGAAUUGAUAUUGAUAUUACGGAUCCGAUAUGCGACGAAUUCUAUUUGAACAUUUGGUAUGCGACGGCCGAGCUGAACACCAUGUUCUACGACAAAGUAUUCCAUUGCAUUCCCACCGAUGAGGUAGAGACUUUCAGCCAGCUCAAGGAGCAUAUUAAAAAGCAACCGCUUUAUAUGUCCGAGCUCUCCAGAUCCGAACAGAUGUUGAACACAAUAGAGGGUCAUUUGGUUCUGCUCCCACUGAAUUUCCUGUGCAGCGAAACAUUAACACCCGGUCCGAGCACCGUUGAGGGAAUGAUGCCAAGCGCAUUGUGGACGUAACUUUAAUUUAUUACCCUUAAUAGUCUUCCUUUUUUUUUCUUCCAUUUUUUCUACCCAACCCAUUUUUUAAAUUUUAAAACAACCAAACACACAUGGUCCAAUAUGUUUUCAUCAUCAGUAUUGAAAAAGAAAAAGUAUUUUACCACGCAUUUAUUUGAAGAUUUAUUGUUAUUAUUUUUGCACUCGACACAAUUUUAUUAUUAUUAUUAAUAUUUUAUAUAUGUAAUCGUAAUGGUUACAUGUAGUAGUUGUUAUUAUUUUUGUUUGUAUACAUUUUUUAAAUUAAUUUUAUUCUUAAGCGAAACCAAAGUUCAAAUAUAUCAUUCAUUUUAGACAUUCAAAUGAUAUUUAAUGCGGGAAUCAAGUGAUACAUGGAGUACGUACUUUUUUUAUUACAUGUUCUGUAUUUAUAUUUAUGAUAUUAUAA